AUGACGGCCACCACGCGACAAAGACGCCAUAACCGUGCUUCUUCGGAAGAGACCGUUCGCAACGACGACGACGAUGCAUGGGAGGAUGUUGAUGGCGAUGUAGGGGGGAGGGCAUCUGUUUCCUCACGGUCGCCAAAGCCUGUUUCGUCUCGAGCACGUCCCAGUCCUCGAAAAAGAACCAGAAACAAGCCUAUUCCUUCGUCCAGCAAAACUGAGACUCCUCCCCCACCGCCAAUGCCGAGUAUCCAACCGGUGGUUAUUCGCGGCAGUAUUUGGAUUUCUCGAUAUACGUUGGAUGUGUUAACUACUGCAGUGAAUUACUUGCGAGGACCACUGUCGUUUAUCGUUUUCAUCUGGAUGUUAGCCUUCUUGGUGCAAAGGAUGACCAAUACCAUACGGGUCGCUUUUGCGCCGAUUUGCUGGCUACCGCUAGUCUCUCAAUCGCCGUUCUGCUUGCCCCCAUCCGCGCAGCAGCCUCAGUGGGCGGAUUUCCCUAAGCUAGUUGAUGUCCAGAGCGCUACCCUGGAGCAACUACUGGAAGAGUCCACUUCUGGAUCUACGCUGGCGCUCCAGCUGAAGAAAGCUGAGAUUGCGACGUCCGAUCUCGUGACAUUGGUGACAGUCAGCGACCUCAAAAGCCGCGAUGUCAUUCAAGACUCUUUGAGGACAUUUAUCGACGAUGCGCGAGCAGCGGGCCGCUCUCUUAACAGGCUCAACGCUAAAGUUUCUGGCGCAGUAGAUGGCGUUGUUGCUGUCAAUGACUAUGCGUUGCGAACUAUCGAGGGCGCACAUGCACAACAUCCGCCGUCAAUGCUGCAACAAAUCCUACGUUGGCCGUUUAAGCCACAAACAGACAUUGUCGUUUCCGCCUUUGAAGACUCGAUGAACUACCUUUCGCUGACCAUGUCCCGUCUCGUGAUUGAAUUCGAGCUGAACCUGAAUCACCUCAACAAACUGGAGGAGCAGCUUUCGGUUCUUCACGAGCUAGUUUCACGGGAAGACAAGUCUUUGACAACCGAAAAGGCGGAAUUGCUGGGCUAUCUGUGGACUAAACUAGGCGGAAAUCGCCCCAAACUGCGAGGGUACGAUAACCACCUUGCCUUACUCAAAGGUCUUGGAGAGUAUCGAAAGCAAGCGCUGGCUCAUGUCGUUGGGGCACUUCAAACUUUGGCUCAAAUGAGCGAAGAUAUCGAGAAUUUGCGGGAAAGAGUUGCUGCGCCGGAGUUGGUUGGAGGGAGAAUCCCGCUUGAAGUCCACAUCCGCAGCAUUCAAGGUGGUUUGGAGCGAUUGAACGAGGGGAGAUCGAAAGCGAAAUUCCGGGAAAGCGAAGCAGUUAAGAGAAUACUUGGCAUUGAUAUGUAG